GGUGCUAGGGCUAGAAGAGAUUCUAGGGUUCUAGCGAGGGAGAGGAGAGGCAAAAUGGGGGACACGCAUGGAUUCAAUGUGAAGAUGAAGGCGCUGGUGCUCAACCAGCCGGUUUUAGUGAUCAGCGGCAUCGUAGCAUCGAUCGGAUUGAUUCUUCCGCUCGUUGUUCCUCCGCUGCGCGAGGCGCUCUACAAAUCCGAGCAGCCUCCAAACCCCAAUCUUAAAUCCGUCGUUGCCAACAUGACAGGGAAGCCGCCAUUGGAGCCACAAAGAUGAUCCAUAGCUUCGCGAAUUCCCCAGCAUUUUUUCCUUUGUUUUGUUUUGGAGAACAUUCCAUUCCAUUCAUAAAGCUCUAAGAGGUUUUGGGUUUUUAGGGUUCUUGCGCGCCGCGGCCAUGGAGAUCCACUUCAAAUCCGUGCCAUUCGACCUCGCAUUCCAUCCCUCCUCGCCGCUUGUCGCCGCCGGCCUCGUCUCUGGCCGCAUCCACCUCUACAGGUACGCCGAUUGCGCCGCCGAUGAUCCUCCGCCGCCGCGCCGCCUCUGGUCCUGCCGCCCACACAAGGAAUCCUGCCGCGGCCUCGCCUUCGUCAACGCCGGCGAGAUCCUCCUCUCCGUCUCCCCGGAUCGCUCCAUCGACGCCACGGGAGUAGAAUCCGGGCAGCGCGUCUCGCGAUUCCCCGACGCGCACGACACCGCGAUCAACCGCAUCGUCAAUCUCACCGACACCACCAUCGCCACGGGCGACGACGGCGGCACCAUCAAGAUCUGGGACACCCGCCAGAGCCGCUGCGUUGGAUCCAUCGCCGCGCACGAGGACUUCGUCAGCGAUCUCGAGUUCGUGGGCGAGAUGAUGGAGCUCCUGAGCGUCAGCGGCGAUGGAACGCUAGCAGUGAGCAGCUUGCGAAGGAACAAGGUGGAUUUUCGGUCCGAGUUCUCCGAGGACGAGCUCCUCUCGGUGGUUCUCGCUAAACAACGCACCAAAGUAGUGUGUGGAUCGCAAAGUGGAGUUCUAUUGCUCUACUCGUGGGGUGAGUUCCAGGACUGCGACGAUCGCUUCGUGGGUCAUCCCAGCUCCGUGGAUUCCAUGCUCAAGCUGGAUGAGGCGACGCUCAUCACCGGUUCCAGCGAUGGGAUCAUCCGCCAAGUUUCCAUACUGCCAAACCGGAUCACUGGCGUGAUUGGCGAGCACUCGGACUUCCCAGUGGAGAGGCUGGCGUUUUCGUUUGAUAAGUCGGUGCUGGGAAGCGUUUCUCACGAUCAAGUUUUGAAGCUCUGGGACAUGACUGGUAACUCCGCCUCUAGCAACGGUGGCUCUGCGAAUGCGAGCGUUAGAAACGAGGAAGAGAUGGACAGGAGGGGGAAGAGUCACGUACCUGGUGGUGGCUCUUCGUCGUUCUUCGCGGAUCUAAUUUGAGGAGCUCUCACUCGUCUAGGCAUGUAGCGCGUAGCCGAUCCAGUGUAGCGCUCAAGCCGGCAGCUUUCAUGGAUUUGAUCUGCCACCUCUCGGCUUUUGUUGGAGGGACCUUGAGCUCUUCCUCUUUUUUGUUCGCUGGCUCAGGAAGCAAACCAUUCUCUGCAGUAGAGAGUUUUGGAAGUUUGAAAAUUUGAAGGAGAGUUUCAUACCAGAA